UUUGAUUGACUGUGAGUAGCUAAACAUAUUUGGACAAUACGAAGCGGUCAGCGUGUUUCGGAGUUUGUCUCAAUCAGUUACUCCGCGGCAUUGGCAGAGUCCGAAUCAACACGAAGCUCUAAAGGCUGCAGCAGAGUAAGAUAUUGGUUGGAAGAUAGACAAAAAAAAACUGCCUCUGGGAGCCCAAAGCAACCAAAGUGAACCACUUGUUUUCCAUUGACGGCGGUAUUGGAAUGCAAUACAGGUGUAUAAUAGCAUGACGAUGAUACCGCUGCACAGUUAUUAGUACCUCUCUUUCUUCGUUUGGACCGCACGUGGCUGAUCUUGUGGGUUCAUUCAUUAACGCAACACAAACAAGAAUCGAGCGGUGUUACCGGCAAACCAAAUCAACAAACAGUCUUGUUUGAGGUAUUUUCAUCGAAACAUGGGUCUUACGCAGGUGGAAAAAGUCAUUCCAGGGGCUCGAUGGCUUCGAGGAUAUAACGCACAGUAUGCAGUGGCUGAUCUGAUAGCCGGUAUAACAGUUGGGUUGACGGUGCUGCCCCAGGGCUUGGCCUAUGCUACGCUAGCUGGGUUAGAACCGCAGUAUGGGCUCUAUUCGGCUUUCGUCGGUGGAUUGGUUUAUGCACUGUUGGGUGGCUGUCGUGAAGUGACAAUCGGGCCAACUGCUUUGCUUGCGCUGAUGACCAGUCGUCAUACUGGAUAUGGAGGAAACUCUGGACCACAGUUUGCCAUUUUACUGUGCUUUCUAGCGGGAGUUGUUGAGCUGUUGAUGGCAGUUUUGCGUUUAGGUGCACUGGUUGAUCUCAUCUCGUUACCGGUGACCGUUGGAUUUACAUCAGCAACAGCACUGAUUAUAGGAGCUUCACAGCUGAAAGCGCUACUCGGUAUUCGGGGCGGUUCAGGCGCUGGAUUUACAGAAACUAUUACGACCGUGGUUAAAAAUAUCGAAAAUGCACGUAUUCCGGAUACCGUACUGGGACUGACAUCCAUCGGAAUUUUACUAGCGUUGAGAAAAUUGAAAGAUGUUAAAACAGCGCCCCAAGCUAGCCGCGGGCGAAAAGCGCUUGGCAUGGCGCUGUGGUUGAUUGCAACGGCAAGAAAUGCCUUGCUGGUGCUGGUUACCAGCUUGAUAGCAUUUUAUUUCGAUCGCAACGGCUCACGUCCUUUCAUUCUAACCGGUACCGUACGAAGUGGCAUACCUGGAUUCCAUUUGCCGCCCUUCUCUACUCAGAUUCCCGGAGCCAAUAACACCGUCACUGAUUGGGAUUUUCUUCAGAUGGCAUCUGAGCUAAAUGUCAAUAUUGUGUUGGUUCCGGUAAUUGCCGUGCUGGGUAAUGUUGCCAUUUCAAAGGCCUUCGGCGGCAGUGGUAUCAAUCCAACGAAAGAGUUAAUUGCUUUGUCUUUGAGCAACAUUUUCGGAUCGUUUUUCAGUUCAAUUCCAGUAACGGGGUCGUUCUCGAGAAGUGCUGUCAACCAUGCCAGUGGAGUGAAAACACCCAUCGGAGGUAUCUACACUGGUGCUUUGGUGUUGCUCGCCUUAGGGUUGCUGACACCUUAUUUCCAGUUCAUUCCAAAGGCAGCGUUAAGUGCAGUGAUCAUAUCCGCGGUUGUUUUUAUGAUCGAAUAUGAAGUGAUACGACCGCUUUGGCGGUGUAACAAGCGGGAGCUAGUUCCUGGUGCUAUUACAUUUGUACUAAGUUUAAUCAUUGGAGUCGAGCUGGGGUUGUUGGCGGGGGUACUGGCAGAUCUGGCGUUUGUAGUAUAUCGAACGGCACGACCGAUACUGAGCGUAGACGUUGCCACAACACCUUCCGACGUUCAAUACAUCAUCAUUCGACCACGACACAGCUUGUUCUACUUCCCUGCGGUCGAGUGGGUUCGAAACGGUAUUUCAAAAGCGAUAAAGAAGCAUGGAGACAUCCCUGUAGUCUUGGAUUGCCGGACGGUUCACGAACUCGAUUACACAGCAGCUACCGGUUUAGGGGCACUGCGGAAGGAGCUUGAUGGCAAAAAGAUCCCAUUCGUUGUCUUGGGAGCAUCCGACGAGAUGCAGAUAAUUUUACGCGAAACAAUUAAAAGCACAAUGCUGGAAGCAAGCAACGAAGUUGAACUCGAGAGGGUGCUUCAGGAAUUAAGCUGUGAAAACAAUAAAAGUGAACUUCGGGAUGUUGUUACGCCUUUAUUGUCACCAACGAUCGACCGGCCUAAGCCCAAUGCUACGAACAUUGUCGUCCAAUGCCAGGAUGAGCGAACAUGACCGGUGUGUAGUAUGUGAGGCACCAAUAUGUGUGAAAUAUGUAAGAGUAUAUAUAAGAAACGCGUGGUAAGAUUUGUACUGAUUGCUGUUUGUGAAAACAACGGAUUCUCUCUUCGAAAUGUCUCUUGGUUUAUUUUGAAAUGUAAAUGUUCCUGUAAGAUCUGUAGCCAAUUAUAUGUUUAUAGCAUAUUAUAUUUAAAUUCGAAUAAUUUUCAAACAAAAAGCUUAUUUUUUCAGCCGGCGACUGCCUAUAGAUUCUACCAGGACUCUAAAAAUAGAUUCCUGCUUCAACGUCGAAUUUUCGUUUACUAUAGUUCUUAGAUCAACGAGUUAGUCAUGUAACGAGAAAAGGUUACAGUUUGCGCGCUAUAACUCGGCCAUUUUUCAACGGAUUUAAGAGGUAUUUGCACCAAUCGAUUAGAAAUUU